CCUUUCGAAAAAGCCAUCAUUUCCACCAGCUGCCUCCUGACGGGCGACGGCCUUUGCGAUAAAGAUCCCAUACUUUUACAUUAAUUUCUUCCAUCUGAGAUGAUUCAAGUAUGAGUGGAGUCGCUGCAAGACCACAGAACGUUUGCUUUUUCUUCUCCUGGAAUUACAAUUGAUUUCAAUCAAUGGUCGGGUUUUUUCUUUUCGCACUGCAUCCUAUAUUAGAUCCAACUUGUGCCAAAAUUCUGUCAGGAAUGUUUUGUAGCGAAGCACAAGUAGGUGCGUGAGGAUGUGUGCUUAUGCAUCAUAUCCAAUUGGGAGUAAGAAAUCGCUUGGUGUAGGUUCUUAAUCUAUCCGUUUAUGGCGGACUAUCACUUUGUAUACAAGGAUGUUGAAGGAGCGAGUACACAGUGGGACGAUAUACAGAGAAAACUAGGUAACCUACCUCCCAAACCUGCUCCUUUCAAGCCUCCCGCCUUCACUCCGUCUCAAGACGAAGAUUCGAAAUCCAAAGACAAGACAUGGAUUGAUGAGAAAACUGAAGAGGAGCUUGAAGAGCUUGAAGACGAUCCUGAUCUUGACGAUGACCGAUUCCUUGAAGAGUACAGGAAGAAGCGGUUGGCAGAGAUGAGAGAGGCAGGCAGGAUUUCAAAAUUUGGAUCGGUGAUUCCAAUAUCAGGAGCAGAUUUUGUUCGGGAGGUGUCACAGGCUUCUCCAGAUGUUUGGGUUGUGGUGUUUCUGUACAAGGAAGGAAUUCCAGAAUGUGGGCUACUUUUACGUUGCCUGGAAGAGUUGGCUUCAAGAUAUCCAGCAACCAAAUUUGUCAAAAUAAUAUCUACAGACUGUAUUCCAAACUACCCGGAUCGUAAUCUUCCUACCCUAUUGGUGUAUAAUAACAGUGCUGUGAAGGGAACAUAUGUUGGUUUGCAUCAUUUUGGUCGAAGAUGCACACCUGAAGGCGUCGCACUGGCUCUAUGUCAAUCAGAUCCUGUACUUAACGAUGGCCAGGGCGGAAGUGAUCAUCCAUCACAAAAGGCUGUCAUUGAAGGAGUUCGAAAGAGGUUUUUAGAGAAGGUUGUGGUAGAACAUGAAGACGAUGAUGAGGAUGGAUACUCUAGUGACUAGAAGGGUUUCAUGCAAUGCUUAAUGCUUUAUGGUGACUUGUCAUUUGUUCUAAUCUGGUUUGUUCAUUAUUAGGACAUCCCUGGUAACCCUCUUCAAAUGUAAAUCACUGAUCGCAUGUUUCCAUAAAUGCUUUCAUUCAUGUAAUCACGUGUGGUGGGUUCAGCUUCUAUUUGCCAAUACAUCAGAUGCACAUCUGGUAAAUUCUAUCACA